UGUUUCGUUCGAGGUGUUUUCAAAUUCGAAUACCUUUCGUUCGGACUGUUUUGUUUUCGAACAUCUUUCAUUCGAAUCAAACCAAACGUCAAACCCACUUUGUUUAUGAAGGAGUGAAUAAUUUCCGCAGCGGAUGAGCGGUGAACUGCAAAAAUGGAAAAAAACAAAAACAAAACAACCACUAAAAAUCAGUUCGAGCGGAUUGUGCUGCUUCUGGAGCAAGAGCCGGACAUAGCAAAGGGUUUCUCCCGAGGAAAUUCCGGACCCUUCUGGGAUGAUCUGGCGGCAGAAGUCAAUAGUUUGGGACCGCCUAUUCGCGAUGGAAGUGGAUGGAAAAAGGUUUGGGCGGACUAUAAGUCCGGAUUAAAGCGAAAACUCGCUCACAACAAACGGGAGCAGAGGGCGACAGGUGGAGGACCCAAUAAAAUUAUCAAUUUGUCCGAGCUGGAGGAGCAGGCAGUUCUACUAACUGGGUUACUUGCGACCGUGGAAGGAAUCCCGGGUACCUCAUCUCAUGGAACACAGUUGGGUUCGCCUUCGGGUGAACCUCAAGCUGCAGACCAGGAAAAUUUUAUAUAUUAUGGUACUUCCGACGAGUGUGACGGUAUCAAUAAUACCAUUCACUUCCAGCCCUCUCAGCCGAAAAAAUCCAGACCUUCUACCACGAGGCUAUUAGAACUGCAAGUCGAGCAACAAAACAAAUUUCACACCAAUGUGAAAUCCCUGUUAAAAAACACAAACAAGAAUUUGAGUGAUCUGGUUCAUUAUCAGCGCCAAUCAGCUCGAGCGAUUCUUUCCGUGGAUGCCACACUCAAAGAACAUCUGAGUGAACAAAAACGACAUAACCACGAGAUGGAGAAGAUCGCGCUGGAGAAAUCAAUAGCGACAAAUCCUUGAAACGCAGAUUGCGUAUAUUUCAGAACAUUAGAAUAAUGUUUCAAAAUAUCAGUGAUCUGAUUUUUUAUCUUUAUAUUGUAACUCAAGUAUAAAAAAAUGAAAAAAGUUCUAAUCGUAUUUUUAUAUCUUUCCAUGGAAGAAAAAUCUUACUUAAUUUUUUCUUUGAAGUUUGUUUGGAAUAGCAUCAAAAUUAUAUAAACUUUUUUAAAAUUCACGAAUUUCGCCUAUAGUUUAUGGAACUUCCUUAACCCCUUCACGUACAACAUUGAACUUCACUCGUUGUUUCUCGAUGUGAAAUAAUUACAUAGCUUCAGGCAUAUGAUGAGGAU